AUGGCCUUUGCCGCUGCGUUUGCGCCGGUCCUGCCAAGACUGCGCACUGCAUCUUCGUACUCUGACCGUGGCGGCCCGCUGGUGCUGCCUCGGGUGACUCCGGGCUUCUUCGGCGACCCGCCUGAGGCAACCGCCGAUGAGGACCGGUGCCUGCCUGAGAGCAGUGCAUCCCACAAAUCCUACACCGGGUCGCCACCAGUACAACAGGCUCUCAAGGCGCUUGACAUCCAGGCUAAGCCGGCAGAAGACCCCGGAAAAGCAGCCGUGGAGCCUAUGCAAGAGCAUCCAGACCUUGAGAUCGACUUCUGUGUCGAGGGGGAGCUGCAGCAGUGUGAGCACGUGCUGGCGGUUGUACAAUGCCUGCGUGCGGAGGGCACCAAGAACGCGUCGCUAGACGCCGCCCUGAGCGCCUUGCAAGAGCUCGUUCCAAAAUUUGCUGCCAAGCUUAAGGAGAAGCGCUGGCUGGCCUCGAAAGGUACAGCACUCUUGGAAAGCACCUCUGAGGCUCUUCAACUACUUUUGUUAGCAGAUGACGAGCAGAACUUGGAGACUGCAGCAAAGACCGGCCGAGACAUACCAGAAGUCGUUUUUGCUGCACAGGCUUUGAACAAGAUCAUCAAUUCUGGCGGCUGCUGUGGAGGCGGGGGAGGAGGCUGCAAGAGCGGCGGUUGCGGCGAAAAGAGCGGUGGAGGUGGCUGCGGGAGCAAGAGCGGCGGCGAAAAGAGUGGUGGAGGUUGCUGCGGCGGCAAGAGCGGCGGCUGUGGGAGCAAAAGCGAAGAAGGUGCUGCCACCGGUGGAAGCUGCAGCGACAAGCGAAGUGGCUGUGGUGGCUGCAGCAAGCAAGGUGGUUGCAAUGAGAAAUCAGAAGUCCCAGAGACGCGGGUGAGCACCGAUGGUGCAGUGGUGUCACCAGAGAAUGAAGAGGAAGACAGCAAGGAGAGAAGUCAGAGCCAGUUUGCCCCCAUGCUCUUCUUCAAGCGAGCGCAGGCCGAGUCGAGCUGGGCGAAUCACGCCGUGGGCCCCUUCACGAGGCUCCAAGAGAAGGCUGGGCUUCUGGACGUGCAGCGCUCCGAGGAGGAGAGGCUGCAGGAAGCAGCGGAGUCUCUGGAGAUUGGGCUCCGUGCAAUGGAGCUGGCAGAAGAGAUCGCCAGAAACAUUUGGAGAGACUUGUCGGGUGAGGCUGUGGACCCGGCGAGCUCAAGUGCGGCCAGACACGAACCACAUGUACAUAGCCCACUGGUUCAUUCUGGCACGUGUGAGCAAGAGGAUGCAAGCGAGCGGCCCAUGCCGAGCCAGUGGCUCCGAGACGCUUAUGCCGAGAUCCACCAGGUGGCGGCUUCCGUGGCGCAUGCGGCCACGCAGCUCGGAGAGGCAAGUCCAGCUCCGGCAGUCGUGGAAGGAGUCCUUCACUGGGGCCCGCUGGCCAUGCCCGCACCUUCCACAAAGGACCCUUGGGUCGGAGAGCGCCCUGGUGGUGCGGAGCUGCCCUUCGCCGCGCAGAUGGCUUUGCUCCGCAACAGCACCCCAAGCUGCGAGCGGCGGAGGUUACGAGCCGGUGGGCUUGCCAUCGCAGGCAAAGCCGAGACUCUGCCACCAAGAGCCAGGCGCAACCGGUGGGGCUCGGUGAAAGCUAUGACCAGCGAUGGUCCCGCUAGAGUGGGAAGACACGACCGCAUGUCAAGAAGAUCCCCGUGGAUAGAAGCCGACCAAGAGGUGAGGCCAAGGGGUGACCUUGCCUGUCGAACAUCGGCUUUCUCGACUCCGCGUGACUUGGGCGGUCAUGAAAGCAUUGUUUUGAGUGCUGACAUCGAAUGCAGUGACGAGGAAUCCGUGCAGGAGGCCCGCGGGCGAAUCGCAGAGGACGAAGCUGUGCAGGCAGCCACGUGCGCGCUACUCUACCCGAACAAGGUAGUCGCAGCCUCCGUGGUGCGGGGGUGCUCAUCGCGCAAGGAGCCGUUCUUGGAGGGCUGCUGCUACCGAGCCAGCAACGGCUGCUGGACGAGCAAAAAGCGCGAGAAGGUUUUCCUCUCGAUUUGA